ACAACGAGUUUCCCACGCGCCACAACCCUACUAUAGGUCGAGUCAACCAUUGGCCUUCGGUGUUGGUGAACGACCGCGUCUACCAGCUCUGCCUGGCUGAUCUCCCGGCUAUCAAAGCCUUCCCUCAGAACUCCUUCAGCGAGUGGGCCGAGUACCGCUUCUAUGGGCUGCGGUCUGCCAUGGCCUAUGUCUUCGUCUUCGACCUGACCUGCUACGACUCCUUCGUGCACAUCAAGGCCCUCAGAGAUCAGAUGUACGAAUCCCGCGACAUGCGUAACGUGGGCGUUGUGGUCGUGGGCAACAAGCGCGACCUGCUGGAGGGCGGCGACGCCCGGGAGAAGCGCGAGAUGCGCGACGUGGCCAGCCUCAUCCGGAAGCAGUGGAAAGUGGCCUACGUCGAAGUGUCGGCGAAGUGCAACUGGCACGUGGUGGCGGCCUUCCGCGAGCUCCUGCUGGCCGUGGAGGAGUCCCACGAGCACUCGAGCGCCCUCCCGCACAACCUGCAUGAGCUGCACGAGGUCAUAGAACACUCCAAGUGCACGAUCUUGUGAGAUAAAGCACGCAACCGUAGGUACCAGUUUACUUAUAGCAACGCCUCCUCCGCCGCAGCGGAAGUUACCGGGAAAAGAACCGCGAUUCCCCGCCGAGCUGCUGCUGCUGCUGCCGCUGCUACUGCUACUCAUGCUCAUUCUGCCGCUGCUGCUGCCACCACCACUACGGCUAUUAUCACUACCGCUGCUGCUGCCAUUAGAUUCAAGUUGAACAAAUUAGUGAAGCAAUAUAUCAUUAAAAAGUGAUGUGUCUCUGUCUGUCUUCUCUCUGUCUGUCUGUUCGCCAGCCAGGCGCCAGAGUGAAUCGGGGAAAUAUAGAUUUUGUACUCUGCGGAUGAUACGACAAUCCUCCACAAGUCUCUCCUCAAGUCUCAGCUCUGCUCGCUUCUUCCGCGUCUCCUCCUCCUCCUCCAGAGGAGGAGACCUCGCAGUGUCAUCGCCACACCAGCAUUCUCACAUUCAUCGCCAUCACUGCUGCUGCAGCCCUGCCGCCUUCGCCAUCAUUCGCCACCACAAGCUCCAGCGCUCCCCCUCGCCGCCGUACCUCGAGAGGAGGGACUCCGCUGCGACUCUGCAUGACGUGUUUGUUAUUCGAAUCAUUUGUUGCAAACUCCUGAAAACGCACAAGUUUGCCCCUGCCUCCUCCUAGGGGGACUCGACCCCUCCCCUCCCCCCCUCCCCCUGCCCUCCAAGUUGGUCUAGACCUUCUAGUUGGGGUAGAUCUCUUGGUUCGUCUCAACCUUCCAAAUGGCCUUCAGCUUCAUGAUCCCGACCAUCUGAGUGGUUACAACUCUCCAAGUUGAUCUGAACCUCUUAGUUGGUCCGGGCCUGCUAGUUGGUCCCACCCUCCUAUAGUAGAUUCACAUCAACCGUGCAUUUGAUGUCUAGGCCAGUCCCUUACGACGCUCCUGAUUGGCUGUUGAUAAGCCGAUCACAGGGCUGGAAACUCUCCUCAGUCUCUCGAGGGAGUUCACUUGGGUAGGAUCUAUGUUCCACCUCUCCUGAAAAACGUAUCACUGGGAGAAGAGGAACAUAGAUCUUACCCAUGUGAACUCUCGA